ACCUUACCUUUACCGUGAACCAGCAUCGCACACAAAGAUAAAGAUAUGAACAGACUGUGAGAUGGUUCCUCAACCAUAACUCCUAAACCCUUUGAUAUCUACACAGAUAUCGUAGUUUGUGAUGGAGAACUUAACUUUCAAAGAAGCCACAUUGCAGGAUUAUGAUGCUGUGAUGGCAAUCAAUGACAACAUUUAUGGCGGCCUAGACUACCUUCCUGACUAUUAUAAACUCUUCAUGACAAUGCCGUCCAUGACAGCCUUUCUGGCAGAAAAGAAGGGUGAGACUGUGGCUUUCUGCAUUGCUCAGAUACUGGACAAUGAAACCACCUUAGUGCUGAGAGCCGCUCGCGUCAAGGAAGUCUACCAGGGGAAAGGGAUUCUAAAAGAAUUGACAGCACAUCUGAAGAGAAAAAUGAAACAGAUGUAUCCAACAAUACAAAGAAGAUGCAUUGUUACACUUCAAACCGUUGGAGACGAGAAGCCAUUUCCCACUGGAUAUGUUCAGAUUUGUAAAAAGCGAAUGCUUAGUUUUUAUCAGCAAGCGUCAAUCAUAGAAAAAAAGUUGAUGGAAAUGGGAGAGUCUGCUGGAGGAAUUGAUGUGCAUCAACUGGGGUCCGAAGAGCUACAGCAGCUGCUUGGAUCAAAAUGGGCUUUAAAUUUGUUUCCGAAGGAAAAGGUCAUAAUCAACUGGGUCCCUUAUUCCAUCAUACCAAGUAAUGGACCAAUCAUAGCAACAGAAAGUGAUGCCUUCCUGACACAUGAAGAAAAUAAGGAUAAAGCAGAGCAAAGUCCUGAUGUCUUCAGUGCAGUUAAUUUCAUCUUUUGCAAAAAAAUUGGGCUGCGACUCAGUCUUGAUCUUUAUGGCAUACGCCAAUCCAAUAUGGCUGUCGUCAAAGAGCACAUUGUACAUCAUGCGCGGAAUGCAGUCUUCAAGGCCAAAGAAGCUGGGUGUGAGGGCAUACAUGUUGAGUUGUACGUAGAAGUUGAUGCCCCUUUGGAAGAACUGCUGGGCAUUACCUCCAGUCUGGAACUGAAGUCAAGUGACUUCUUUGUCAUGAAUAAGGAAAAGUAUGUCUACCUUCUAGAAGCAGUGUUGUAAACUUACCCUGAAGAGGUGCAUAUGGUGUCUUUUUCGACGACAUUUCAACUGUUUUUUGACAUCAUCCAAAAUGCCCUCAAUGGGCUCUAAACUAAAUCUUUGACAUUUUGAAAGUCAAAAAAAGGAUCAUAGUGACAGUUUCAAAUUUAAGUCAAAAUGUAUUUAUCAGCAAGGCGAAUGCAGUUUUGUAAAAAAAAAUAUUUUAGUGUAAACAGUAAGAUGCGCUGUAAUACAGCAAAACAGGAAAGAUGAUCCUUUAAGAACAAGGUAGUAAAACAGGUAAAUAUUAUGAAAUAAAUGAAGUGUGGAGUAAUGAUCCAAGUUCAUUUCCAAACAAAUGAAAGGUAUGUUGCUAUUUUAGCACUACUGAUGAGCACAUUUCUAUUUUUCCAAUCCAAUCCUUUACCUCUUAAGGCACAAAGGGCAAUUUCCAGUUUCAAAAAUAAUUUGAUCAAAUCAUUGAUCACCAGUUUAUGCUAAAAAAUAAUUCACAGUAAAAUCAAUUACUUUUAAGCACCAUCGACAUAAAUAAAAAUCAAAUAUCCAAAAUUAUAUAAAAUACCAUGUAAGAUGCCAUCAGUUAAAACUAGAGGA